CAGAAGAUACAUUCCUUGUCUCUGAACAAAGAUAAUGUAGUAAAGACAUUCUGUUGAUACAGUGAACUAUUGAUCUCUACAGACUCAGUGUUCAAAGGAGGACGUCAUGAUGAUCAGGGAGAAGAUGAUCUGCAGCAUCCUGCUGCUCAUCACACUGACCUCCUGUGUCUCUGACUCAGAGCCUCGUGGAGUGAAGACGUUCUUUCUGGACUUAUUGAUACAGUGAACUAUUGAUCUCUACAGACUCAGUGUUCUCAGGAUGAUUGACAGGGAGAAGAUGAUCUGCAGCAUCCUGCUGCUCAUCACACUGACCUCCUGUGUCUCUGGAUCAUUUGUAGUGAAUGUGACACAGAGAUGCUAUCAGGCAGAGGAGAACCACAACAUCACACUGGAAUGGACGUUCUCAACCAGAACAGACGGUUCCCCUAAGUCCCUUUUUAUCCUCUGUGAGAUGUUAACUGAUCUCAGACCCUUCUUCCUGUUUCAUCUUCAUCAAGGUGUCGAGGUUCCAGAGUCUCAGGAUGAACGGUUUUCAGGACGAGUCCAGUUUGACAAAGACGUCCUCAGAGAAGGACGACUCAGACUCCACAUGUCCAGACUCAGGACUAAUGACUCGGGUCUUUACCUUUGUGAUAUGAAAACAGGUGUUGGUGUUGGUUCUAGGGAAUGUCACCUCAAUGUCACAGCAGCGAGGACACCAAACACAACAAGAGGAGGAAGAAAUCCUCCCCAGAAAAGAAGUCCAUCAGAACCAGUGAGUCUGGAUUUGCAGAAGUAUCAGCUGCUGUGAGCUGUCAUCAAACGCUGGAAGAGCAGACGGUUUGCACCAACAAGUCACAGAAACCUCCUCGUCAUCAUGCACAGUGCAGUAUGUUAAUGUAAUAACGUGGACAGAAAACUACAAACUGUCUGGGUUAUCUCUCUCAGAAGUGGAAAUCAUUACACAUUAUUUCUUUAAGUGGAGGCGUGUGCACCUUUAUUUAGAUUUACAAGCUGUUCCUGCAGAGCUUUACAGAGAUUCAGCUAUAAACUUUGAAAAGACACUCGUCUUAUCAUAUUGAACACGAUGCAUGAAUAUGUUUCCAUGAAAAAGACGUUUCUUCAGGUUUAACAAACACAUACAAGUACUUAGUGUUCACGUUUUUUAUUAGUGUAUAAUCAGAUGAUCGAUAGAUUACACUCUUGAUUAAUCCCAACAGAAAAAAAUUGCAGUAUUACAGCAUUCAAAUUAGACAUAUGAAUAAUGAAACCAAAAAUAUAAAGGACACGUGAUGAGGCGAAAUCAUAAUAAUAAUAUAAUAACUAAAAAUGAGAACAUUACUCUACAGUUUGGCUGUUUUAGAGAUUUUUCUUCAAUAAUAACUAUUAGAACAGAUACAAAGUUUGUGUUAGGUGACACAACUUGAUGUAAAUUAGUUUCAUAAUUGAACUGUAAAUCUUGAUUAAAGAGGUUUAAACUGUGAUUUAUUCUGCUGUCGUAGAAUAACCUGCUUGUUUCCAGCUUGUUUCUUUUAUUAUGAAACUCUUGACACUGAAACAGGAAGCUGUUCCUGCUUAAAAUCUAAGCUUCCUGUUUCUUUUACCAAUGAUUUCUUCUCUUCUUAAUAAACUGUUGCUCAGAGGAUUGUUGUCAGUCUGGUUAGUAAAGCAUUUGUUAGUAAAGAGGAAUUUCUACAAAAUAAAAGCGCCAAAGACACAAUCAAGCUUCACACAAACGUUUGAAGCGGCAGGUUCAUCAAAUCUAAUUCAAACUAAUUAUAAACAAUGACACUUAGCUUAAUCAAAGAUUUAAAGAUAAUUUACUACGUUUUCCUGUAGUAUCUGGGUUGGCCACUGGCACAUCUUAGCAGGAAGUCUGACUCUACUUCAUCUUAUUACACUAUUUUUACACAUGGGAGUAAAAACAAAUGAUGGCUUAAACAUUAACAACACACUAAUAUGAGGUA